AGCCCUCAGUCAGUCUAGGAUAGACGGAACAAAGACGAGCUGCAAUAUGAAGAAACUUAUGCUUUUAGGAAUUUUUAUGUCCGCACUUCACAUCAGCAACUCACAAAAACAAGAUUUCUGCAGACUGCCCAGCGAUGCAGGUCAAGGCACAACCUUCUCGUUUUCCGUGUUUUACAACUAUACAACCGACCAGUGCUUGCCUUUCUUUUACCAAGGCGAGGGAGGAAAUGCCAACCGUUUUCAAAAUGAAAGAGAGUGUCUGAGAAACUGUUCGUCCAGUGCUGAGAAAAUCUACCCAAUGGAUGUAAAAGAAGCUUGUCACUUUAAACAUCUGGUUGGAGGAUGUAGUGGUCGCUACUUGAGAUACUACUACGACUCCACUAAUGAAAAAUGCAAAAGAUUCAUUUGGACUGGCUGCUUUGGGAAUGGAAACCGAUUCUUUGACUACAACAGUUGCAACGCCACCUGUGCUGGCAUCCGUGGUGACUUGGAUGCAACUGAGGAGGAUGAGCCAGACACUCCUAUUGCCAUCAUCUGUGGAGUUCUGCUUGCCCUUGUCGUUUCUGCCAUCUUAAUAACUGUGAUUGUCCUCGUAGUUAAGUCAAAGAAAAAAAAACAAAAGAAGGCCAGAGCGAAGACCAAGGAUGCCAAAAUCGACUCACCUCUUCAGGAGGGUGAUAUUGAAAUGACAUAGAAAAUCUCCUCUUCUACAAAACAUAAUUUUUUUUUUUUUACCUGGUUGUCAUUAAGAACAAAUUUUUUGGGUCCUAAAGCCAAAUUCAUCAUUUUUGUCACUAAGGACUACAUUAAAGGCUCCAUUAAAAAGAUAAAGAGACAAGACCCCGUAUUUUUAAUUAGAGUUCUGUUUAAUGUUGGUAUUUUACUAGCGUACCAUGCAAAGGGAUUUUAUUACUUGUACUUUUUUUUUCAUUGAUUUAACCAAUAUUUUCAUCUUAUGAAUCUAGAUAUUUACCAUGUAAUCAAAUGAAAAUAGUUUUACAUUUAACAUGACAUGUAAAUGAAUCAGAAAUCAGCUUUAUUUAGUAAAACAAAAUAUUAGAUUUUUUUUGAAAAUCUCACUUUUUAAGAUGUCCAGUAUUUUUGUCUUAAAUAAAAUCCACCCCUUCACGCGUAGCAAUUGUGAAACAUACAAACAAAAGCAACCCUAUAGAUAUGGACAACAUUUUCUUAAAUACUUUUAAAUGUUUUUUCGUUUGUUGGCUGGUGUUUAGAUAUCAAAAUGUACUUUGAUUUUGCAGAAUGUAUUGUAUCUUCUAGAAAAUGUCUAAAUGAGACCUGGUUUACCUUCCCAUUAUUGAGCCUAGCUGCUGUAAACAUCCAACAAAUGUCUUUAUCAUAAUAUUCUCAGUGUUAUUUACCAACAUCCAUUCAGGACUUUUUUUGGUGCUUUAUACACUUUUGCAUUUGUAUUGCAGCACUGCACAAACAAGGUAAUGUUUUCAUCCUUAAUGAAACCUUCUUUUUAUGUUUGCGUUUACAACUAUAUCAGUUCCUUCACCAUUAGUGUUUUAUUGUAAAUCUUUUCUUGUGACUAUAAAAGUACAAAGCAACAAAGCUCUGUAACAUAUCAAUUAGCCAUGACAUUAUGGCCAGAACAAAGGUAAGUUGGGUUGGGAAUAUUUUUGGUGUGAUGUUCUGCAUCGUUGUAUUAAUUAGGACUUUCUUCUCAAAUUUGGCACUUACCUUGACAGUUUUUUACCACCAAAUCUAGUUCAAUAUAAGCCUUUUAAAAUUUACAUUCAUAUCACAAGGAGCACAUUCAGACAUAAAACAGCUUUUAAAGCCAAAGAUUGCUUCAUGAAGGUUGUGUUUGGGUUAUGGCUGUAGAACAGAAGUGGAUGAGUCAGUACAACCCAACAUCAGGUUUUUACACACCAGCUUUUAGGUUAUUGGAGCCUAUAUGGCCUUCAACAGCCAUUAAGUAACUCUACCAGAAAGCAUCAUAUAUAAAAAUGACCAACCCAAAGCCUUUGUCAAAUCUUGAUCCAUUUUUUAUUACGGAUUUUAUUAUGGAUUGUGUUCAUGUACAAUUUUCCAAUUUUUAAAAACAUUUUCAAAUGGCCAAAAACACACACAAGUGUGUAUAUAAUACAAUGUAAAACACCAGUCAGAUAAAAAAAUAAUUACUGUGGUGAGAAAUAAAUUUUUUUUCCGAAAAACA